AUGAGAAAUCACGACCCAGUGUCUCGGAAGUGCGAAAAAUGUACUCGGGUUUUCUCCAAGGUUGAGCAUUUGAGACGCCACCAACGUUCCCAUACGGGUGAACGGCCACACAAAUGUAAAACUUGUGGUCGCGCAUAUGCACGAAGUGAUGUAUUGACGCGCCACGUGCGAAAUCACCACCCUUCUGCGGAACCAUUCACAACAAAAACAAGCAAACAAAUUUCGGCCAAAGAAAAUGAUGGACUCACGCCUCAAAUCGAGGGCGGCAAUGAAUCGCAAGACCAAGAAACGACCUCACCCACGUCACUGGAUGGUAGGACGCAAGCAAGACAUGACUUCCCUCAACAGCUGAAUCCAAGUUUGACGGAAGGAUCUACAGCGAGCCCUCACAAUCCCGCGUUUGAGAGUGAUCUGCCGCCAAAUCUCAACUUCUCGUGGACCGCUCGGCCAUUCGAAGCUCUACCUUUAGAUGUAGGCGAUCAAAUAUCUCCUUCUGCUCGCCCUCCGAGCAACGGAUUUGACAGCGCCAUUGAUGCAUCUCUGGGUUUCGAUUCCCUAGUCGGGCCGCCAUUCGACUUUUCAAACACUGCAGAGGCGUGUAACACAGCGAUAUUAGAAGACCUGUUUUUAGAGAUUUUGUCAUCCGGACAUCCAUCCCGUCCGUCUGGUCGUAAACGAAGCAUUUCGUACGGACAGCUCGAGCAGGUACGACGUUUGUGGCCGACAAGACGCCGCUCCCAGGCCCCAACUGAUCCCGGUGUCAUUUGGGACGAUAUCAUUCUUCACGACGAAGACAAUCUUUUUUCUUCGAGGUCGCUUGACACCCCAUCUGAACCCUCCGAUCCCUCCGACCCGACCCCCCUCAAUUCGACCUGGGGUUUAACGAAGGGGUGUCGUAACCGGUUGCUGAACGAUUGCGUUAAUAACUACGUGUCCAACCCACUAAAUCCAUCUCUGAUCAAUGGGUUUAGGCAAUCGGUAGACCUGCCGGAGGUAGACAUUCUAGACCUCUGUUUGGACUUGUAUUUUUACAAUUUGCACCCGCUGCUACCCUUUGUUCACGCACCCACCUUUAAUGCUUCGAAGACUCCUACUAUCUUGCUUUUCCCCAUGUGUUUGCUGGGAUUCAUGAUGUUCAACCGACCGGCUGCCCAGGUGGUGCUUAACAGGUAUCUUCUGGGAGCAAUGAGUCAAUGCAGAGCAAAAGCUGUGUCAUAUCGUUUACGUCAAUGCGUUGCACCAGAUUUGUUCCUAGUACUGGCUGCCGGCUGCUUGCUACUUUUUGUCGCUUCAUCAGUUGCCGAGGUUGCUUUCGAGGAGCAGCGACAUAAGUUAUUGAUUGCAACUUUAGUACUGUCAGACUCAUAUUCAUCACAUAUGCUGGGUGUCACACCAGUUCUAGACCCGGAGAUUAUCCAUAUGCCAUUUUUGAGCGGCGACGCAUUGUUCGAAGCUCGCGCGGCCGAGAAGUGGAAGCAAAAACUCGCUGGUCGUGAUCCGUGGGAUCCCUCGCAUGCGUUGAGUCUAGAUGUUCGUUCCCCAAGCAUAGAAACCAGUUCAUUUGGUGUUAUUAUAGCUCUAGCCAAAGUUUGGCUGCGCAUCUCAACCCGUUCCCGGCUUCUCAGGGGGUCUCGUAAUGCGGACACACCGGAGUCCUCAUCGAUUACACUGGUGGAUAUUGCCGCUCAUGAUGAGGGAGCCAGGUUCGCGAUUCACGAAUUGCUGUUGGCAUACGACAUAUUCCGUCCCGAGCUUCAACACGGGAAUACCAACAGCGUCGUCAUGUGGAAUUUACUAGGUCUUUGCGUGACUUGCAACUUAUAUACCAUUGAGCUUGCAGCAGGCCGACAUGGUCCUGCGGUAGCUCAAGAUGCUUUGGAAGCAGUCACUAGUUGGGCACAAACCGCAACGGCUCGACGCGCUUGUCUGCAUGCCGCACAGAUAUUCAUUAUUCUUCACAAUCAAAGACGUUCCGAUGGUAUCAUGCUCCAUUCUGAAAUGGCACUGUUCACUGCAGCCCUAGUGAUGGGUUUCUAUGCGUUGGUCGCCCCCAAUGCUACUGCUGCAUCUAAUACGAAUGAGAGCUCUUCGUCUUUACCGGUUGUUGACUUGCUUGAAGAAAUUGAUUGGACUCAGAUAGGGAGUGAAGGGCUGGGUCUUCAUACUGGACCGACGCCACUCCCGGCACCUACUAAUCCAGCUGUCCAGUUUAUUCGUAAUGGAGGCCCGAUUUCUUUCGCAGGAGUGCAGUAUGCUGAUUCGUAUGGCAUGGCACGGCGGAUAUUCAUGUAUUAUGGUGCACAACUAUCGGAAGUUGGACGCUGGAACAUCGAGGAGUAUUGUCAUGUACUAAAAAUCAUUGGGGAUACCACAAUUCCGGCGCCUUUCCCACAAGAUCAGACAGUUCAUUGA